UUUUAUAAUGGUACUAAAAAAUUACAUAAAUACUCGGGUCGAAUGGCAAACACGUACAGAAUUCUUUUAUCAAGACUACCAUUUUUUUGACACACGAUGAAGAGUCUGCUGUUGGCCGUGUUCGUUGUCACUGCUUGUGCUGCGCCGAUAGACGAAAUUCAACAACUCCCUGAGCUGAAGCCGAGACAAACCGCACAACAGCUUCCGGAUUUCCCAGAAGAUGCUAAACAGGAAACUAAACCAUCAGUGUUAACACAAAGAACCAAACUGGCGACACCGGAAAAAGAAGAACUAACGCCGGAAACUAAACCAUCAGUGUUAACACAACAAACCAAACUGGCGACACCGGAAAAAGAGGAACUAACGCCGGAAACUAAACCAUCAACAAAGAACUCAGAACAACAGGCGGAAAUUGUCAGUAAAGAAGACCUGGAACCAGAAACCAAACCAGUUCAGAGAAUCCAGGAAGUUGGGGAGGUGAAGGAGCCUCAAACCAAACCAGCCCGACGCAACAAUGAGUUGAAACCGGAAACCAAGCCAGCUUUUAGACCGAGUCCAGAGGAAAUCGAAUCAUCUGAAAAACGAUUCGUACCACGACCCGUGCCACAAUCGAGUCCAGACGAGACGGAGAGAACCAAGGUAGAGAGAGAAGCGGAAGAAUAUUGAGAAUUGUAACAAAGGAGGGAGCGGGAAGAUGAAGACGAGGAAUAAAAUAAUUGACAGGGAAUAAGCAAUUCAAACUAUAUCCUGUCUACUGACCACUUCAGAAUAAAUAUAUACCGUAUAUUC